AUGAAAAGAAUACUUGAAGAUGGAUAUCACGGGUCGAAAUUCAUAUUGGAUCCUCAAGACGAUUAUCCAAAUCAUUACUUACAAAUGGAUAAUGACCUAGCCCAAAUAAAUCAAGCCUCGCAGAAAUUUCAAGAUGACGUAGAUAGGGGCUCGAAGGGUGUGAUUGGCGCCAGAUAUUUGGUUUCCAAUCCUCAAUAUAGCUGGUAUUGGUCACUCACAGAUGAUAUUUACAUGGAUUUAGACUUAGUCACUAAAUUUUUUGAAGAAUUAGAAAGGAAAUAUGAUCCUUAUUCUCAGAUUGUCAUAAAAGGUCAAUGUCUCUGCAAUCACGGAUACAGAUAUCUGCAAGGUGGAGCAGGGUAUAUAUUUAGCAACCUUGCAGCUAAGAAAUUCAAUGAAAUUUCAAUAAAUUGGUUACAAACCAUGACACAAUUUGACGAUUUACACUUCAAAGAUGUACUUGAUGCCUUUAAUCUUACCACUGAUGAUAUCGCAAUCAACAACAUAUUUGGAUAUCGCGCGGGAGAUAUUUUGAAAUAUCCAAAUUUCCAAAAAUGCCCCAGCAAUAUUAGUAAGACUUGCUGCGGGUAUGAUAGUAUAUACCCCAUGAAUAAAUUGAUGGUAAUUCACGAAAAUUAUAUGAAUGUAAUGGAAGUAGCUGUUUUAUUUGUAAGCCAAAUAAAGCAGAAGAACGAGUCGCUUUAUCAUUACUACUACGGAGAUCCUUGGGAACUUACACCAUGCAAACUAUAA